AAAAGGAGGACUCGGUUGCUCCCGGUUACCCACCCCGCCAAUCCCCUCCCGCCUGGUCGAUUUCACCACUUUGGCCAUUUUCACCUGGAUGUCUCCGCUCUUCCCCAGCUGGACACACCUCCCUCCUCCUUCUCCCACCCCUCCCUAAAAUCCGAGCAUCUCCCCCCCCCCGCCUCCCCCUGCUGGAGUCUCACGGGUACCGCGGGGGGGAAAUCCUCCGCGCCAUCGGCUUGAAAAUGAUGGCAGGUGGAUCGGUCCAUCAGAACGGCCUCUUUCCUUCGGCACCUCAGCAGCCGCCGCCGCCGCCGCCGCCGUCGCAGCAACAAGGGGGGCCCCAGCCUCAGCAGCCCCCCCCAGCCGCUCCGCAACCCCCCAUGGAUUCGGAUCCUCCCGACUCCAGGAAAAGGCCCUUGGAGACCCCCACCGAAGCCAUUAGCACCAAGAGAAGCAAUACGGGAGAAGAUGGCGAGUACUUCCUUAAGGUCCUGAUUCCCAGCUAUGCCGCCGGAUCCAUCAUUGGCAAAGGAGGCCAGACCAUCGUCCAGUUGCAGAAAGAAACUGGAGCCACCAUUAAGCUCUCCAAGUCCAAGGAUUUCUAUCCAGGGACCACGGAGCGUGUGUGCCUCGUGCAGGGCACAGCAGAAGCCCUCAAUGCUGUUCACAACUUUAUUGCUGAGAAGGUUCGAGAAAUCCCCCAGUCUGUGGUGAAACCCGAGUCGGUCAAUAUCCUGCAGCCCCAGACAACCAUGAACCCCGAUCGAGCCAAGCAGGCCAAGGUGAUUGUUCCAAACAGCACAGCUGGGCUGAUCAUUGGCAAAGGGGGUGCCACUGUGAAAGCCAUCAUGGAACAGUCUGGCGCUUGGGUGCAGCUGAGCCAGAAACCCGAAGGCAUCAACCUCCAAGAGCGCGUGGUGACCAUCAGUGGGGAACCCGAACAGAUCCACAAAGCCGUCGACAUCAUUGUCCAGAAGAUCCAGGAGGAUCCGCAGAGCAGCAGCUGCCUCAACAUUAGCUAUGCCAACAUUACGGGCCCUGUGGCCAACUCUAACCCAACUGGAUCUCCCUACGCCAACUCCACAGACGUUCUACCAGCGGCUGCUGCCACCGCUUCGGGCCUGCUGGGCCACACCAGCCUCGCGGGCGUCGGAGCCUUCCCAGCUGCCCUGCCUGGUUUCUCCGGCAGUGACCUCUUGGCCAUCAGCACAGCGCUCAACACCUUAGCGAGUUAUGGAUACAACACCAACUCCUUGGGGCUCGGCCUCAAUUCUGCCGCCGCCUCUGGGGUGCUGGCAGCUGUUGCGGCCGGGGCGAACCCAGCAGCUGCUGCCGCCGCUAACCUCUUAGCCUCAUACGCCAACGAAGCGUCCACCAGCACCACUGCCCCAGCCGGUGCCAUGGGCGCCUUCACCUUGGGCUCCUUAGCUGCGGCCACUGGGGCCGCCAACGGCUACUUAGGGACAGCCUCCCCGCUGGUGGCCAGCUCUUUCCUAGCCACGGAGAAGCUUGUGGAAAGCACCAAAGAUAUGGUGGAAAUUGCCGUGCCGGAAAACCUAGUGGGUGCCAUUUUGGGGAAGGGCGGCAAGACGUUGGUCGAGUACCAAGAGCUGACCGGGGCCCGCAUCCAGAUUUCCAAAAAAGGGGAGUUUAUUCCAGGUACCAGGAACCGUAAAGUCACCAUCACUGGCACUCCAGCCGCCACACAAGCCGCACAGUAUCUAAUCAGCCAGCGAGUAACAUAUGAGCAAGGAGUCCGUGCCACCAACCCACAGAAAGUGGGUUAAUAGAAGGCUGAAGAGAAGGCUGGGGGAAGGAGUAGAUUCAAAUCCGUCCUUAAACCAUUAAAAUUGUAACCUCCAUGACACCGGCCCCUGCCCAGUGUCCAUCUCUCUGUUUCACACACAUACACACACACACACACACUCAUACAGACCCCUCUGGUUGGGAAGCGGCCCAGCCUAUGUUCUGCCGGAACUUUAUUUCACCGAUGGUGUGGCCUGAUUGUGUAUAUAUAUCUAUAUAUAUAUGGCAACAUUUUCUUUUCUUUUCUUUUUUCAGUUGAUGGAUUUUAAUAGAAAAAAAAUUUUUUUAAGAAAACAGUCCUCUUUCUUUCCCUCUUUCUUUCUGAUUUCCUUAACAAAUCUGGAUGGAGAAAGGACCGCCUCUUAAAGUUUCUUUCCCUCUCUCCUGAGAGUGUAGAUCAACUUAUGAAUUUCUUGGUGGGUUGUAUGUGCCCUUCUUUGUGUCCGCCCAGAGCCUUUAUCACGGGUAGAUGGUCAGAUCGGGUUUUGAAAUAAAAUGGGGAAGGAAGUAGAUUUGGGCUGAAAUCAUGGCAUAAUUCCUCUAGUGAUGCACCCUCCUUAUCUCUUGUAGUGAAACAAGGCGUUGGGUUUGUACUUAUAAGUAGCAUUGUUCAUUAUAAAUCAAGAUGAGGUUGAAGAAGGAGAGGUUGGACUAGAUUGACUCCGCAAUGGGGAAAUGACCUUGUUCAGUUGGCUUAAAAAAAAACAACUAUUAUUUAAUGCACAUUAUUAUUAUUAUUAUUAUUAUUAUUAUUACUGGGGAAAAUGUCUGUCCAUUUUUCUCCAUUUCCCAGCCCUGGUAAUCGAAAGAAAUAAAAUGAGGUACUUAGAUAAAAGUUUUGCAGAUAAGGCCUGUUUCCUGUGUUACACUGAAGGAGGAGCUUGAACCAGGGCAGAGAACUGGAUCCUCGUACCAACAUGGAGGACUUUUGCGAUAGGUGUGUCCUGACUUGCUGGGAACCUGGCCCAGAGUUUGCGUGGUCAUUCCUCCUAUGUGUUGGGAUGAGUUUCCAGCAUUGCAAAGAAACGUCAAGCCUCCUGAGAUGCAACACGCACCCAAGAGCAAGGCGGUAGGGUCCUUCUUGAGUGACUGAGGUCAGAUUCCCAUCACAGUCUUUGGCUUCAAGGCGUGGAGACCUUCUCCUUCCUGUGGUCCAUCUAUUAUUUGUGGCGUCUUCCUUCCCAGAUUAGCUGCGUCCCCUCUGCCCUCACAUCCCACUGUGUUUUGAUUGCAGGAAGAAAGUUCUUCAUUUAUUUUUCAGAGGCUGCCAACUGAAUUUGGCGAGGCUCUUUUCUUAAAGGCCAAAAGGAACAGCCAAAUCGACCCCAGGUUUUAGCUACAAGUCCCAACUCUUAGUGACA